AGAGAGGUGCCAAACCUGUUACUAAUUUUGUGAAGAAUCUUUCUGCCUUAUCAGACUGGUAUUCUAUCUACACUUCUGCUAUUGCCUUUAUUAUUUACAUGAAUGCUGUAUGGCAUGGCUGGGCCAUUCCUAUGUUCUUAUUUUUAGCAAUUUUGAGGUUGUCCCUAAAUUACCUCAUAGCCAGGGGUUGGAGAAUACAGUGGAGCAUUGUGCCUGAAGUUUCUGAACCCAUGGAACCCCCAAAAGAAGACCUGACUGUGUCUGAAAAGUUUCAGCUUGUUCUAGACGUGGCUCAGAAGGCGCAGAACCUUUUUGGCAAGAUGGCAGACAUACUGGAAAAAAUAAAAAACUUGUUCAUGUGGGUCCAGCCAGAAAUAACACAGAAGCUCUACAUUAGCCUAUGGGCAGCUUUUAUUGCAUCCUGCUUUUUGCCCUACAGGAUUAUUGGGCUUGCAAUGGGACUCUAUGCUGGAAUCAAGUUUUUCCUUAUUGAUUUUAUCUUCAAACGAUGCCCCAGGCUAAGAGCUAAGUAUGAUACUCCUUAUAUCAUCUGGACAAGUCUCCCGACAGAUCCUCAGCUCAAAGAAAGGUCUAAUGCUACAGUGUCGAGGCGGGCAUCCUUGUAUUACAGUUACCCUAAAAGCUGGAUGCUUCAAACAGCAGCAUCCAGAAGUUACGUUGGCUCAAGCGCCCCAGCCGGAAUAAGCAAAGAUGAGGACACAAGUCGUUUUCAUACCACCAAGAGGGGGAAUUUCCAUGAAGUUUUUAACCUAUCAGAAAAUGAGCGUCCUUUGGCAGUGUGUGAAAAUGGCUGGCGCUGUUGCUUGAUUAACAGAGAUAGAAAGAUGCCUACAGACUACAUCAGGAAUGGAGUUCUUUACGUCACAGAAAAUUAUUUGUGCUUUGAAAGCUCCAAAUCCGGCUCAUCUAAAAGAAAUAAAGUUAUAAAGCUAACGGAUAUAACAGAUAUUCAGAAGUAUAAAGUGCUCUCUGUUCUCCCGGGAUCAGGGAUGGGUAUUGCUGUAUCAACACCGUCUACACAAAAACCUCUGGUGUUCGGUGCCAUGGUACACAGAGAUGAAGCUUUUGAGACAAUUUUCAACCAAUAUGUGAAAAUAACCUCUGCGUCAUCAAGCAGUGAGAGCUAGUAUCUUAGAAGAUCUAAAGGAAACUUUCUUAUUUUACAACUUGGUAGUGAAAAAAAA